GCAGUCGCGGUCGCACUUCCAGCGCGUCCCGUCUCGUCGCCUCAGGAGCGCCAUGGCGGAGCUGUACCCCCUGGCCGACGAGCUGUCAUGCUCCAUCUGUCUGGAGCCCUUCAAGGAGCCGGUCACCACCCCGUGCGGCCACAACUUCUGCGGGUCGUGCCUGAACGAGACGUGGGCCGGCCCGGGCGGGCCAUACCUGUGCCCGCAUUGCCGCGCCGUCUACCAUUCGCGGCCGCAGCUGCGCAAGAACACGGUGCUGUGCGCCGUGGUGGAGCAGUUCCUGCAGGCCGAGCUGGCCCGGGAAGCGCCCGCCGACGAAUGGACGCCGCCUGCCCGCGCCGCGGCCCCCACCUCGGGCGUGUGGGUGGCUUGCGACCACUGCCUGAAGGAGGCCGCGGUGAAGACGUGCUUGGUGUGCAUGGCUUCCUUCUGCCAAGAGCACCUGCGGCCGCACUUAGACAGCCCCGCCUUCCAGGACCACCUGCUGCAGCCGCCUGUUGCAGACUUGCUGCGCCGCAAAUGCCCCCAGCACAACCGGCUGCGGGAGUUUUUCUGCCCAGAGCACAGCGUGUGCAUCUGCCACAUAUGCCUGGUUGAGCACAAACCCUGCUCGCCCGUGUCCCUGAGCCAGGCCAGCACCGACCUGGAGACCAAGCUGAGGCAUAAAGUAACUGUCAUGUACAGUCAGAUCAAUGGGGCAUCGAGAGCGCUGGACGACGUGAGAGCCAGGCAGCAGGAUAUACGGGCUGCCAUGAACAAGAAGGUGGAGCAGCUUAAGCAAGAAUACAAGGAAAUGAAGGCUCUCAUUGAGGCCUCAGAGGCCAACGCCACACGGAAGAUAAAGGAGGAGGAGAAGAGGGUCAACGCCAAGUUUGACACCAUUUAUCAGGCUCUCCUCAAAAGGAAGAAUGAGAUCCAGAAGCUGAAGGAGGAGAUUGAAGCCGGCCUCACGAAGGGGGACGAGCUUGAGUUUCUGGAGAAAGCGUCAAAACUGCAAGCCUUUUUCUCUGGCGCAGGUGACUCUGGAGAGCAUGGCCCAGCAGCGUCCACACACAAACCCUUACGCCCUGGGAAGGUCCCAAAAGAUGAAAAGACAACCAAGAAACAUCCUCCCACUGGGAAAACUACCAAGGUUCCCACCUUCGGAGCCCCAGAAGAGUUAGUGGAUUUUAAACAAGUGGACCAGGAGGCUGCAGCCAAAGCCUCCACCCCGAAGCCGAACUCAGAGGCACUAAAGGCCACGGUGCUGGGGAACUUCCUAGCCAAGUCCAGACCCGAGCUCCUUGAGUAUCAUAUUAAAGUCAUCCUGGACUACAACACUGCCCACAGCAAGGUGGCCCUGUCAGAGAACUACUCCGUAGCUUCUGUGGCUGACACACCGCAGAGCUAUCGGCCACAUCCCCAGAGGUUCACAUCCUGCUCUCAGGUGCUGGGCCUGCACUGCUAUAAGAAAGGGAUCCAUUACUGGGAGGUGGAGAUGCAGAAGAACAACUUCUGCGGGGUCGGCAUCUGCUACGGCAGCAUGGAGCGGAAGGGCCCCGAGAGCAGGCUCGGCCGCAACAAUGCUUCCUGGUGCGUGGAGUGGUUCAACACCAAGAUCUCUGCCUGGCACAACAACGUGGAGAAAACUCUGCCCUCCACCAAGGCCACGCGGGUCGGUGUGCUUCUCAACUGUGACCACGGCUUCAUCAUCUUCUUUGCCGUUGCUGACAAGGUCCACCUGUUGUAUAAGUACAAGGUGGAUUUUACUGAAGCGGUGUACCCGGGCUUCUGGGUGUUCUCUGCGGGCGCCACGCUCACCAUCUGCAACCCCAGCUAGGUAGGCUGCAGACACUCAGGUUGAUGCCUGUGGAUACCCGGGACUUUUCUGAAAAUGCCACAGGUGGAACUUUCCUCAGAGAACUUCCCUAAGAGUCCCCAAGGGUUGGAAGGGUGGUACCGGAGCUGGUGGGAGGGUGAGGAUAUGGGAUAAGAGGAGGGAUGCCUCCUAGAGCCAGUCAGGGCAGGCUGGCCUCCUCCCAUGGGUCUGGGAAAUCUCCAGGCUGCUGGGCAUGGAAAGUGGGAAGUCAGGAGUGCCCUUUUCCUCUUAGAGGAAAUCUGUAGUCACUCACCUUCUCUCUCAGGCCACUUGGUAUCUGCCCUUUGCUCUUGGGGUAGACUUCAGAUACUGGAAUUUUGAUAACUUUCCAUAGGUGUUUUUGAAAUUUCAAAGCUGCCACUGCCCCCAUACCAGGGCUCAUUCCCUGGUUAUUGUCUGCUCCAGGUAACUGCCCACAGCAAGUGUCUACCCAGACCAGAGAUUCUUUAAGAAGCAUGUCCUCCUCCUCCUUCCCCAGAAAAUAGUACCGUUCCCUCCCAUCCUGCUUGCCCCAUUGAUAGUUUUAAAAUUUUUCUUCAAACAGGAACUUUGCAAGCUAAGCCUUCAAAGGCUGAAUUUGUGAUUCAAUGUCAAGUUGAACCCAGGUCUGGUUUGGAUGAAAAUCCUCCCCAUAGCCAAGUGCUAUAUGAGAGGCAUCUUGGUGGAGGUACUUGGGGGCAGGUGCAAACUCUGUUGGAGGCCUUGCUCCAUAGCUGAGACCAUGGGGCCAGGAGCUCUGCAGGGCAAGUCCCCCUGGCAGAAGCACCGUCUGGUGGGUUUGCUCGUGUUAUAGUACCUUGCUUUUCACUGACAGCUCUCCUCAGCUAUAGCGCCCUUGUCCUGUCUCCUGGAUUGUAAGGUGUUGGGUGGUGGAUGACAGAUGAUACCAUUGCAGUUGUCACAGUCAGGCAGCCAGCAAGGCUGGGUAUCUGAAGCCGGCUGUCAUGCAAACAGGCUGUGUGGCUGCCUCAGGGGCCGUACUUGGUUACCUGAUUGGAUGAUUAGCUAUAUCCCAAAGGGUCUUUUAGCAAACCCCAUGGGAAACAGCAGCAUUCCUGUUCAUCCCUGACUGGCCCUGGCAUGAGCCAGAGGCCUGGGGCUGGCCCAAGCCCUUGCUUAUAUCUUCCUCAUUCAGGCCAAUUCCAGAUCCUUACAUUGACCAGGUGAGAGGUCAGGACUUUCAAGGAUCAGAGAAGGAAUGAGCUAAAGAGACAAGUGGCUAUUUUCUGUGCAAUGUUUCUGUGCGGUGAAAAUAACCCAGUCCGUGAUGGGGCAGGAGUGAAGGGAUUGCUGGACUUGCCCAAAGCUCCCUGUAGCCUGAGGUCAGGACAAAAGCCUGAGAAACUUAACCUCGUGUAGUUUGAGCCCAGCUCUGGGCUUUGCCAAGAGGAGAGCUCCCCUCAGGCUUUUUAUAAUAUGAAAAUAGGUCACUGUUGGGAAGCAGGGGUCCCAGGCCAUCUCAUAUGGAUAUUUGAGAACUUACCCCGUCUCAGGCCUUGUGCUGGAAUCCCAGGGCACUCUAGUUGGGCUCACAGCAUUUUAUAUUACUGACAUACAGGUAUAUACCUGAGCAAGUUCUCAUUGGGAGAACUUCUAGUUCCUUGGGGGAGAAUCUUUGCAGGGAAGACAUUCCUGCAAUAGCAAAGUUUUCUUUCUUUGCUACUUGGGAGAAAUGUUCUUUGGUAAUUCUCCUCUGCUUUUGAAGAUGGACAAAAUUAUCUUCACUGAUUUUCUGAAACAAAAGCCUUGUCUGAAGGCAAUUACACGGGAAACAGCAGGGCUUAGAGGAAUAGAAUACCAAAGAUAAAUUCUCUUCUGCGGAAAUGAGGGCUUCAGGGAGAUUUUUUUUCCCUAGGCAGACAUGCAGCUCUGGUGAGGGAAGCAGGAACCCCUCUCUUGAGGAGAGGGUCAAGUAGGUGACCCAAAGGAAGCUCUGUGCAAGGUGCUGUGGAGCUGGGAGUAGAGGGGCGCACCUUGCUGUCUGGAGCCAUUCCUUUUGCAGCGGUUAGGACCUCACGUAACCCAGCCUCGCAGGGCUGCCUCACAACCCUGGAGUCCUAGAAUCGGAGGCACUUGGGUAUCCAUCUGACUUCUCAUUUUGCAGAAUGAGAGGAAGAGGGAGAGGAUCACUCUGUUCACCCCAGGAGGAGAUGCCUUGUAGCACGUGUGAAGGGAGAACCUUGGUCCCCUGGGGAAGUACCAGGAAUCCGCAGAAACACAAUCAUAAUACAAUCCUGGACCCAGAGCCGGGGGAUUGUCAGAGUUACCGUGGCGUGAUAAACCAAAGAUUAGGGUCAAACCUUUGGACCUUCAGGACAGGGUGGCAAAUUAUUUCUGUUUUAAUUAUUCCAAAAUCAUUCUGCGAUCUGUAAUACUAAUAUAUUGUCUUUUACCUCAUUUCCCCUCUCGCUAUUGAUGUUAAUUAGGAGUAUUUGAGCAAUUAUUUUUGAGCUUUUUUUUUUCUACAGUUGAUUCUUACGGCAGCACCUGUAG